GCUGUGCAGAUUGCUAAAUGGAACCAACUUUCAAAUAGAAAUGUUUGCAGUCAAAGGUUCAACGCACCCUGGACCCAUAUCAAUCAAGAAUCUUCAUCAAUUCUGAAGUUUUCAUAUAAUUUUACUGAUUUCGUGGUUUUCAUAAUUGUCUGCAAAGAAUAAGUUUGAAAUACAACUUGAUUUUUGCAGAAAAAUCACGCUUCUCAAAUUUAAUCCGUCCUUACAAAGACGUAAACUGAAAAGACUUUUCAGUAUUUUGACAUCGUGCUAUCUAAAUUGUGACAGCUUAUUUUUUUGGAAAUUUGUUUAUGCCCUUUAACCUCUGUACAAAAGGCCGAAAAGAUAUUUUUUGACUGACGUCUCAAAACCUUGACCUAAUUAUAUCUCCGAAUCUUCUUUAAUAUAAACCAAGAAUUUAUCUCUGAUUUGAAACAUUUAAAACAAAACUUGAACCCUUUGCCGUCAAAACGUUUUUCAAAAAAGUUGCAAACUGCUGCUAUCUACAUUUUGUAUAAUAACUUUGUCUCAUAGACUGGUACUGAUUGUCUAGCGUUUUAUAAUCUAGCGUUUCAAAAAAGAGUAAAUUUCUUUUUUUCUUAUAAAUUCCACGAUACAUUUUCUUAUAAAUUUGUUCAACGAGUUUUUCGAUUUUUAAUUUUGGAAUCCACAGACAUGACGUGUUGCGUUUACUGGAUAUUCUUAUCUAUUUUAUUUCUGCUCCCCCUUUUGUUUUUGCUUCUGGGGGGCAGCAAAGAAACCCUGUGGCUCAUUUGGCACACGUUACCACGUGAUCUCAAACUUGGCCGCGUGUUGGUCGGAAUUAAACUUCGAACUGAGAAAAUGAAGAAAGAAAAUGUCUCGAUUGUUUCUCUGUUUGAAAAGACGGUCGAAAAGUACCCGAAAAGGGCAAUGUUCAAGUUCCAGGGGCAUCAAUGGACGUUCGAAGAAGUAAACAAAGAGGCAAAUGAAGUUGCUGCUUAUUUUCAGAAACUGGGGCUGAAAAAAGGUGACUGUGUUGCUCUUUUGCUGGAGAACAGUCCUGACCUUGUGAUCUAUUGGGUCGGAUUGGCCAAAAUAGGGGUCAUCUCCGCCCUGGUCAACUUCAACCAGCGACAAGCGCCCCUCGUGCAUUCAAUCACUAUCAGCUCAGCCAAAGCAGUUGUGUGCAGCAGUUCUCUUCUUGAAGACGCAUUCGAGCCUGUCAGAGGGGAGUUGGGAAGUAUUGGGGAUGAAAUGAUAUUUGUUCACACCGGGGGCAAGAGGCGAAAGAAUGAUGAGAAUGAAACUCUUGAGUAUAAAUAUCGACAAAUUGACCAGGAAACUAAAAAACUCCAGGACACAACUUUCAUUCGGCCCAAAAAAAAUUACGACGACACCGUUCUCUACAUUUUCACAUCAGGAACAACCGGUCUGCCCAAAGCGGCCAAUUUGAAAAAUUCUAGAAUAAUCUCGAUCGGGAUUUCAUUCAACGAGGUUCUGAAGACGACGUGUGAAGACAUUAUUUGGUCACCUCUACCUUUGUAUCAUUCCAAUGCAGGACUGUUAGGGGUCACCCAAGUGCUGACGAGAGGAUGCUGCAUGGCUUUCAGAUCAAAAUUUUCAGCCAGUAGUUUCUGGAAGGACAUCAAAGAAUCAGAAGCCACCAUGUUCAUCUACCUGGGGGAGAUCUGCAGAUACAUCUACGCGCAGCCAAUCACAAGCGAGGAAACUCAGCACAAACUCAGACUCAUCUUAGGAGCCGGACUCAAAAAGGAAUUGUGGAAGUCGUUUUUGCAAAGGUUCCAGAUUCCGAAAGUGCUGGAACUCUACGGUUCGACUGAAGGAAACGCCAACACCAUCAACUUAUCACAGAGGGAGGGUGCAUGUGGAUUCACUAGUCGUCUCUUCCCCUCUGUCUUCCCGAUCACUCUUGUCAAAGUGGACCCCCAGGGAAGUUUAAUAAGAGAUGCACAAGGAGUGUGUGUCAAGUGCAAACCAGGUGAGCCUGGUCAAGUAGUGGGCAAAAUCAUUGCGAAUGACGCGAUCAGCAAGUUCGACGGAUAUGUUGCGAAGGACGAGACGCAGAAGAAGAUAGCGAGAGAUGUGUUCAGGAAGGGGGACCUGGCAUUCCUCUCGGGGGACACUCUGGUCAUGGACAGGGAGGGCUUUCUCUUCUUCAAGGACAGAACGGGCGACACUUUCAGGUGGAAGGGGGAGAAUGUUUCCACUACAGAAGUGGAGGCAGUAAUGUUUCCGGCUGUGGGCCACAAAGAUGUGAUCGUGUUCGGAGUGGAGUUGCCGCAUUGCGACGGGCGGGCGGGCAUGGCAGCCAUACUGGAUGAUCAAAAAGACCUCGACCUGUCACUUCUCACAGUCGUCAUCAACAGAAAUCUGGCUUCGUAUGCGCGGCCUCUUUUCCUUCGUCUGCUAGACCAAAGUGAGCACUACUUGACGGGCACUUACAAACUGAAGAAGACAGAACUUGUCAAGGAGGGUUUUCUAGACGUACCCGCCGAACACCUCGAAAGCGUCUAUUACUACGACAUGAAAACUAAACAGUACUUGCAAAUGGACGAGCAAGUUAAACAGAAAAUAGUCGACGGAGAAAUCAAAUUCUGAAAAUACCUAAAACACAUAAGGUUUAAAAGAACUCGAUGAUGUAAUCACAGGUGCUAGAUAUAAUUUUCUUCAAUUUCUUUAAAAUCAGUGUCCUCUGAUUUUUUCAUCAGCCUUGAGAUUUCGAAAUGCUGAAAUUUAACCAAAACAAAAU